CCUUCACAUCCAUCAAUUUUCACCACACUUUCCAUCCCCUCGUCAGUUUCACGUCGACAACUUUUCAAAAACACAACACUUUCACAGCAGCUCUCACUUAGAUCAAGUAAAAAUUUAAUAAUUACAAUAAAAAUGGUCGAUGCAGGCACAAAAAAGACCCUCCAGAACAUUCCUUUGCUGCAGACACGAGCUUCACCCCGUGACAAGGAUUUGUGGGUGCAAAGAUUAAAGGAGGAGUAUCAGGCAUUGAUUAAGUAUGUCCAAAACAACAAAACAUCUGACUCAGAUUGGUUCCGACUGGAAAGCAACAAGGAAGGAACUCGAUGGUUUGGCAAGUGCUGGUAUGUCCAUAAUCUUCUGAAGUACGAGUUUGAUGUGGAAUUUGAUAUUCCCGUGACAUAUCCAACAACAGCACCAGAAAUUGCUCUCCCAGAACUCGAUGGUAAAACAGCAAAAAUGUAUAGAGGAGGUAAAAUUUGUCUCACAGAACACUUCAAGCCACUUUGGUCAAGAAAUGUCCCGAAAUUUGGAAUUGCACAUGCCAUGGCUCUCGGUCUCGCACCUUGGUUAGCUGUUGAAAUUCCAGACUUGAUUGAGAAAGGAAUUAUUGAGUAUAAGGAGAAGGGUGAGACAUCAAAUAGUUAAUAAUAGUGGAACUGCAUUAAAAUUGAACAAAAUUUUUUGCUUUAUUUGAAUAAAAAAUAUUUUAUGUUCGUUAAUAAUUUUGACUUUAUUCAUUGCCAUCAGCUUCAUCAUCAUCGUCCUCAUCCUCAUUCCACAUCAGCGGUUCCCUCGUAAGUCCAACAAAAUAUUUUAAUCCAUAGGCAAAUCUUUGCAGCCUCCUCACAAUUCUAAUCGCAAAUUUUGUGUACCUACAAGCUCUUUUUUUUGCGAUUGCUCUCGUAGCUGUUGAUAUGCCUCGUCUAGUACGUUGCAGUGGUUCUGCAGAUAUUGAUUCUACUUCUAUGAUUUGUGCUUCAUUUUUUUUAGCUUCUGAUAUGCGUUUGAGGUACUUUUUCUUGAGCAAAUUCUUCCGUAAAUCUUUUUUCUUACGCAGUCGACCCAUCGCUUUUUUAAGUUUUAUGGAUUUAUAGUGUAGGAACUCGUCGGGGCUUAGAGGUUGUUUGUUUUGAACUUUAGCUUGGAUCUUUGAGGCUGAUGUUGCUGGUUUGUUGUCUAAUUUUAUUUUGGGUUCAAUAAUGAUGAAUAAAAGAUGUUGUAGAUAGCUUGAUGUCCUGUAGAUUGGACUACAAGCUACUACUAAGUUUUAAUAUGUUUCAAAAGUUGAUCAGACUCGAUUGUCACUUGAUGAUUUUUGGAAAUGCACUGUUUAUAGAUGAAUACUUCACAAAUUGAGCUAAUAUUGAU